CAUGUACAACCAGUCUUGUGUGUCUUUUAUGUCUUCUGUAGCUGGUUUUCCAGUGGCCUCGGCUCAGUGUUUGAAUUUACCACUUUUCCACGCAUUUGGUGGAGUUAAACAUCUGGACUGUGGCUUGAACCUGGAGGUGUUAGAACGCAAAUUCAACGUCUGUAUUUAUAUCUUUGAAAUUCAAUAGGGGGCACUGGUUGACAAUUUUAACAGAUUCACAUUCAUUUUGAAUGACAAUAGUUGAUGCAAGUAUUAUUUUAGUAUCAUUAGUGUUUAUUAAUGUUUUGAAUAAGAUUGAUUCCAUUUUAUUUUUCACAUUUAGCACUGUUAAUUAUUUUAUUAUAUGAUAUUAUAUGUUUAAGUGUUAAAAUUGCAGCCCAUUCUAUACAAUUCUUGUAUAAAAUGUAAUUAUUUAUAUAUUAAUAUUUUGAGUUUGUGACAGUUUAAUGGUGUAAUUAAGAGUGUGAUUACUGUCGGCAAACACAUUUCUUAUGCCAAAAAAAAAAAAAAAACUGGUUGAUUUAUCUGUAGUAAAAAAAAAAAAAAAAAAUCGUUAAAUAUUACUACUGCCUCGGGUUUACUGUAUAGUCAUUAUUCAGUCAAUGGUUUGAACUCUGGCAUUUUGAGUUCUUUUGAUUAAACAAAUAUUGGCACAAUGGUUUUGGUCAUUUUGUUUAGGAUACUCUGGAACAGAAUAUUUACGUUGCCUCCAGUGUCCAGAUGCUCACGUCCAAACCUGAGCAGCUGACGUCCCAGAACAUCACCUCAGCUGCUGUGACUGUCAAUAACCUGCUGUCCGCCAGCAUGUUAAAUAAGUCAGUUGCAGAGUCAGUGGUGGCCACCAUCAGUCAGCUCAUGCACACUGAUGAAGACCGAUACUCUGAAGACACUUACGAUGCUCUCGAGAAUCUCACAGAGACUUUGGAGGAUUUUGCCUUGAACAUGGGUAACUCUAGUGUACUGGUGCAACCAAACCUAGCGGUGCAAAGCAUCAAGUUGUCAAAGUGGACCCCACAAGUACAAUUCUACUCUACAACGGGACUGUCAGAGUAUUCUCCUGAAAGAAUCGGUCUGGGUGCAGAUGCUGCUAACAUGGCAUCCUCUUCCGGACUUCCUGUUGAUAUCCAAUUAAAUAUCAAACUGCAGAAAGAUUCCCAGAAAGACUGGGGUACUGUUUAUGUUUCUGUUCUCAUUUUGAGGGACAUAAUUAAAAGUCAAAUUUUGAAUACCUUUUCCUUCUGUUUCCCCAUAGGGAACAAAAAUCUCGGUAUUGGAGUUGUGCUUUAUGAAAAUGAUAAGUUUUUCAACUCAAAACAAUUUAAUAGUGAACUCGAUACCAAGAGAAGGGUGGUGUCGACCCGGCUGUCAGACAGAAGCUUGCUUGAUAACGUGGAGUUCACCAUCAGGCCAGAGAAUACAUCUGGUACAUCUGCAUCUUACAACUUUGCAUGUGUGUUUUGGGACUACGCUCACAGAGACUGGAGAACGGAGGGCUGCGUCAAAAUACGCGAUCCCAAUGGAGUGCACUGUAAAUGUAACCACACCACCAACUUUGCAGUUCUUGUGAGCUUUAGAGCAGACUACACUUAUUCUGAAGCUUUAAACUGGAUCAGCAUUGUGGGAUGCAGUCUGUCUAUUGUGGGUUUGGUCCUCACCGCAGUUUAUCAAAUUAAGACCAGGAAACAGCGAGGAGCCAACUCCACUAUGCUCUUGGUGAACAUCUGUUUGUGCAUGACCACCUAUUACCUGCUCUUCAUUUUUGGGAUCAACAACCCAGUCAAGAGCUCAGAGGCAUCUGUAUCAGAGCAGAACGUUAUUCCUUCUUCAGAUUUGGAGGAGAAUGUCGAUCAGGGUCCUUGUACAGCAAUCACAGCUCUGUUGCAGUACUCCCUGCUGGCCACGUUUGCCUGGAACAUCCUCUAUGCGGCUCAUGUGUUUUUCCUCAUUAGAAAUGCCCUCAACGGUCCGCCCCGAGCUUUCCGCACCAUCGCCAUGACAGUCGGCUGGGGUCUGCCUGCUGUUAUUGUUGGCAUCUCACUGUCCACCACCUACAGCUUUAGGAACCCUUUAGGUUAUCGACAAGAGGAGUUUUGUUGGUUGGCGUCUCUGGACAAGAUGGGAAGGUUUGAUCCGAAACGGCCGAUGUUGUGGGGUUUCUUGCUCCCUCUAGCGGUCAUGUUGUGUUUUAACACAUCUCUGCUUGUCUACUUCUCUCAAACCAUCUGUUGUGCGAAUCCUAACCUCAAGAGGUACGUAACUAAACCGUGACCGAAUGGUCCAUGUUUAAAACAAAGUUCAAGGUUAAUAUAAACUUAAUCAAUGCUGUUAAUAACAUUCCUUUAUUACAAUAUAAUCAGUUUUGCAGAGGUGGAGGUAAUGCAUUACACCUACUCACAUUACUGUAAUGAAGUAGUUUUUUUCAGGGUACUUGUACUUAGUGAUGGUGAGAUGAAGCUUUAUGAAGCAUUGAA